AUGGCUGUGCUCCGGCCCGUAGCCCACAUCCGGUAUCUCCUCCCUGUGCUCCGGCCCGUAGCCCACAUCCGGUGUCUCCUCCCUGUGCUCCGGCCCGUAGCCCACAUCCGGUGUCUCCUCCCUGUGCUCCGGCCCCCCACAUCCGGUGUCCCCUCCCAUGGCUGUGCUCCGGCCAGUAGCCCACAUCCGGUGUCUCCUCCCUGUGCUCCGGCCCGUAGCCCACAUCCGGUGUCUCCUCCCUGUGCUCCGGCCCGUAGCCCACAUCCGGUGUCUCCUCCCAUGGCUGUGCUCCGGCCCGUAGCCCACAUCCGGUGUCUCCUCCCUGUGCUCCGGACCCCCACAUCCGGUGUCUCCUCCCAUGGCUGUGCUCCGGCCCGUAGCCCACAUCCGGUGUCUCCUCCCUGUGCUCCGGCCCGUAGCCCACAUCCGGUGUCUCCUCCCAUGGCUGUGCUCCGGCCCGUAGCCCACAUCCGGUGUCUCCUCCCUGUGCUCCGGCCCCCCACAUCCGGUGUCUCCUCCCAUGGCUGUGCUCCGGCCCGUAGCCCACAUCCGGUGUCUCCUCCCUGUGCUCCGGCCCGUAGCCCACAUCCGGUGUCUCCUCCCUGUGCUCCGGCCCGUAGCCCACAUCCGGUGUCUCCUCCCUGUGCUCCGGCCCGUAGCCCACAUCCGGUGUCUCCUCCCUGUGCUCCGGCCCGUAGCCCACAUCUGGUGUCUCCUCCCAUGGCUGUGCUCCGGCCCGUAGCCCACAUCCGGUGUCUCCUCCCUGUGCUCCGGCCCGUAGCCCACACCCGGUCUCUCCUCCCAUGGCUGUGCUCCGGCCAAAUCAUGUGA